CCAGAAGAGUCAUACGAACUCACAUCUCAAGCGUCACAUGAGACUUAGCUCUUCAGCCUGCGCAAGUUUAACGUCCUUGGUAUAAGUUGCACUAAAAAUGGAGCACCUGGAAAAUUCUACAGCAUCUACAGAGAGCGCCGCAAACUCCCAGGUGGACAAAAGCGACGGGAGCGCAUACCCUUACAUAUUAAUAGUGAUGUCUUUCUACGGAGUUUUCCUCUGUGGCAUAAUGCUGGGCUACUUCCGCUCCAAAAGAAGGGAGAAGAGGAGAGUAAACAUCUUUACGCGCCUGGUGCACGAGGAGGAGGAACGGGAGUGGGGUGCACUGCCCAGAAAACACAGCCUCACCCUCCCCACUGCUGUUCCAGGGCUGCGCUCGGUGCAGAUGUCCCUGCCAUUCUGCGGAAACCACGGGAACCAGUUCGGACACCUCCAGUACGAGGGCGCGUUCCCUUCACCUCUGGCAUGCGCGUUGUGCACGGAGCAGAGCAGCAUUAGCUCCCUGUGCUCCUCCGCGGACACGCGCUUUGCUAUUGAGGAGGAGUCGGACAGCGGGACGGCGGACGGGUCAGAGGAGAACCACAAGGGAAGCUCCGAAAACAGCGGGGACGACUCGGGCUGACCUGUGCCCAAAGCAAACUGUGUUACAUCCCACGCCCCAGAAAAGGAGAACUGUCCCCCACAGAAGAUAGCAGAGGGGCUCUCAGGUGUCCGAACAUUACAGAACCCUUUAAGAAUCGGUCUGCAGUCACCUCCUUAAACUUUGCCAAAAGUUCAUCUAUUACACUGUGCAUCCAUGAAGGACUGUGGAAAUGAUAAGAGGUCAGAGCCUUAGCCUGUGGGUCAAAAGACUGACCACUGGCCACUAAUAGUAUUUGUAGGUUUUUGGAAUUAUUUUAAUUCUUUUGUGUGAUCUUAAGUCUCCACUGUUAAUGGCAUUAAAAAAAGGUUCAACUCCAACAGACUCACACUUUAGGCCUCAUGGCCCCACAUGAAAACACUGUAGUGUUGUAUUUUUGUCAUUUUCAUUUGAAUUCGUCUGGUCUUGAGUGUGACACAUAUGACUACUUUGUUUUUUGGAUAAAACUACCCAGUAAAUUGUGCAAACAGUGAACUGAACUAUACACAAAUGAAACCAGGUGAUCAGAUAUAAAUCUUCAGAUUUGCUUUUUAAUACUGUCAUAUAUCUGUGCCUAUGCUUCAUUCUGUGGUGACCCCUCCCUGCUGGAGCCCCCUCCUCCUCUGACGCCACCCUGAGAACUAUUCACUGGUUUGGGCUGAUGACUCACGCUGCAGGGGCCUGAGAGAAAGACUGCUGGCUUUGCCAUGUGACUGAACUUGACUCGCUCUUGCCACAUGGUCUUGAGUAUUAAAUUGUACCUGGAACUCACUUGAAAGAUUGUUUAGAUUUCUCUGACUGUGUCUGAAACAUGUUUGUUGUAGCUUAUUUGGUCAAAUGAUCAAUGUAGGUUUACUUGCUGAAUGCAAUGCACUGUAUAUACUGUUUGUGUUUUUCACUCUGUAAGGUUUAAUUUAAGAUGGAAUCUGUAGUGUUUCAGAAUAAAUAAAUGCUUGUGG